AUGGCGACCACAGAAGCAAAAGCCUGGACCUAUACCAAUGGCUACCCGCAAAGCCUGUCGCUCAACACUUACAAAAUCAACCAAGACGACGUAAAAGACAAUGUCCUUCUCAAAGUCGAAGCGUGCGCACUCAAUCCUGUUGAUAUCCAGAUGAUGAACACUCCCAUAGUCUGGAAAUACUCCUCAGGCCCCAAAGGCACUGUCUGUGACUUUAGCGGAUCGAUUGUCUCGCCUGGAAAGACGAGCUUCAAGCCUGGCGAUGAAGUGAUGGGUCUGACACUGGCACCCUUCGCACGACCCACUGGUGGCGCGCUCUCGGAGUAUGCAGAGCUGGAUCCCUCUGCUAGUGUCAUAGUCGUGAAACCCAAAGAGUGGAGUUUCGAGAAGGCGGCGGCGAUCCCUCUCGUUUGGCUCACUGCGGUGGUAUGCAUUGACAGCGUUGCGCCAUUCGUGGAGAAGACGUCGAGCAAGAAAGUUGCCAUAUUGGGGGGAAGCUCUUCCACAGGGAUCUACAGUAUUCUCCUGGCCAAGAGACGCGGCUGGAAUGUCGUCUCGACCUCUUCUGGACGGAACAAGGAUUUUAUCAUAAACGAUCUCAAAGCGGAUGCUCAUGUCGACUACACCACUCAGAAUGUCCGCGAGGGAGUAUCGGCUUUUCAGCCGGAUGCUGUGAUUGACUGCGUGGGUGGCACGGAAUGCAUAGGCCUGCCUUCGAGUAAGCGAUAUACUACCAUUGUGGGCGAUAAGACUGGCCGUUUGACGAUGGGAGGCCCAUUCACCUACUUUGACUACAAACACCCCAUUGUGGCCGCUACACAGUGGAUGCGAUGGGCCAAGGGUCGGUGUGUAAUGGGAGAGAGCUAUGAUGUGGUGAUUUUGGCGCCGAAGAAGGAGUCGUUGGAGCGGGCUACAAGCACAUUGAGUGAAGAGCACAUCUUCAUUGACAGUGUCUUUCCCUUUGAGGAUGCUCAGAAAGCUUUCGAGAGACUUAAUACGGGACGGGCGAAGGGUAAGAUCGUACUCCGUGUUGGCAAAGAGAGCAAGCUUUGA